AUGUUUAGAAAAAAGGAAGUUAUUUAGAUAGCAGAAUUGAGAGCUGAACCCUUAAAAGAUAUAUAAUUUUAGUUGAGUGAGGAGUUAUAUGAGUCAAAGUUUAUUUAUAACAUCAAUAGAAUGCAAUGGAAAUUAAAGAGGGAAGUGAUUGGGGAUGUUUAAAAGGUAUCAGAGAUCAAUUCAAAGAUCUCGAUAAUAAAAGAAUCACAUAAAUCUCAAUUGAAGGAAGAACUGGUAAAAUUAACAUAGGAUGUUGUGAAUUUAGAAUAAUAAAAAGUGAAUCAAAUAAAAACAAUUAGAAAAUUGGUGGAUGAUAAAGAAUUUGCAGAAAAGAAAUCUAAGGAAAUGAAGAAAUUAUUUUUGUAAUCUCAAAUUCGUAAUGAGUAAUUAAAAAAAAUGAUUUUAGAAGAGGAAGAACGAUUUAAGAGUUUGAUAUUGAAUUGA